AUGGGACAGGAAUCCAGGAAACAUGGUUGUCAAUCCCCUCCUAAAUAUCCUAACAAAGAUCCGAUUCUAGGGCUUGAUCUUUUCAUCGAUAAUUUCCGUCAAAUGAUCAAGUCGAAUUUACUCAAUACUUGGGUAAAUCGCUUCCAAACUUACGGGAAUACUUUCUCAGCGAAAGUUCAGACAACGCAUUCUAUCUGUACUGUCGAUCCAAGGAAUCUGCAAACAGUUCAUGCUCUGAACUUUACUCAUUAUGGUAUUCAGCCAUUGCGUCAACCUCCUACUUUGCCGUUUCUUGGUGAGGGGGUGUUUACUACGGAUUGUUCGUUUUGGGAACACUCCAGAGCUUUGAUUCGACCUACAUUUACCAAGUCAAAUGUUGCCAAUCUUCCAGCUUUCGAAAGUCACUUUCAAAAAUUUCUUGCGUUGGUCCCAACAGAUGGAACCAAGGUUAAUCUGAAACCACCUUUAAAUAAACUGAUUUUCGACACAUCCACAGAGUUUCUUUUCGGAGAGUCCAUGAAUACACUAUCUCCAGAUACUCCAUUCCAAACAGAGGAGUGCCUCGCAACUUUUGACUAUGCUAUCAGAGGCAUGAUAAUCCGGCCCCAACUAGGAAGUCAUGAAUCUUCCGCUAUUACGAUUGGUAACGCGAUUUUCAAUCUUUGUCGUAACCCCGAGAUGUGGAAGAAAUUCCGGUCUGAAAUUCUUUCAGAGGGUGAUAAGCCAUUCACAUUUGAGCCGCUGAAGAAUCUUCACUAUCUGCAGUAUGUCAUCAAGGAAACAUUACGUCUACAUCCCGUUGUUCCCACCGGUACAAGAAUUGCUUUGCAAGACACCAUACUGCCCACUGGAUGCGGUCCGGAAGGCACCUCACCUAUCUUCGUGAGAAAGGGUCAGAUAGUUUUUGCUUCUUUCCACGCCCUUCACAUGCUGGCACCUUGCUUCCAACCUGACCUAAAUAUCUUCCGACUAAAGAGAUGGGAGACGGUGCGACUAGGGUGGAAUUAUCUUCCAUUUAUAGGAGGACCGAGGAUGUGCCCAGGUCAGAAUUUAGCUUUGACAGAAACGGCGUGUGUAUUAGCGAGGAUGGCACAAGAAUGGAGAGGAAUGAACUGUAAGGACGAGGUCAGGGAGUGGGUGGAACUAACGACCGGAGUUGCAAGUAGUGAGAAUGGAGUCAAAGUAGGCGUCGUUGUGUAA